GAGGUGCGCAGGCGCGGUGCGAGCUCUGCGAUUCGGGCCAUGGCGCGGGCGGGUGCCCCUGAAGUGAUCCGGGCAGCGCAGAAGGACGAGUACUACCUGGGAGGCCUGCGGAGCGCGGCGGGUGAAGCGCUGCACAGCCUAGCGGGUGCAAAGAAAUGGCUGGAAUGGAGGAAAGAGAUCGAGUUGCUCUCGGACAUAGCCUACUUUGGCCUCACCACAAUUGCAGGCUACCAGACCCUUGGGGAGGAGUACGUUGGGAUCAUCCAAGUGGACCCAUCCCAGCAGCGUGUGCCCUCCAGGCUCCGCCGUGCAGCGCUGGUUGCACUGCAUGCUGUCUUGCCCUACCUGCUAGACAAGGCACUGCUGCCCCUGGAGCAGGAGCUGCAAGCCGAUGGCGAUGCUCCCCGGGCUUCACAGGGCAGUCUGCUACCUGGAGGACGCAGCCGAUCAGGGGCACGGCGCUGGGUGCGUCACCACGCAGCCACCCUGACUGAACAACAGAGGAAGGCCCUCCAGCGGGCAGUCUUCAUCCUGAGACAGGGCUUCGCCUGCCUCCAUCGGCUCCACGUGGCUUGGUUUUAUAUUCAUGGUACCUUCUACCACCUGGCCAAGAGACUAGCAGGGAUCACGUAUCUCCGCACUCGUCGCCUGCCUGGAGAGGACCAGAAGGCUCGCACUAGCUACGGACUGCUGGGGCUGAUCUCCCUCUUGCAUCUGGUGCUGUCCAUGGGGCUGCGGUUGUACAGCUUCAGGCAGAAGCAGCGAGCCAGGAAGGAGUGGCGGCUGCACCGCAAUCUAUCCCACCGCAGGAGUUCCCUUGAAGACAGAGCCGUGUGCAGAACCCCACUCUGCACCCUAUGCUUAGAGGAACGAAGACACUCCACGGCCACACCUUGUGGCCAUCUCUUCUGCUGGGAGUGCAUCACCGAGUGGUGCAACACCAAGACAGAAUGUCCCCUGUGCCGGGAGAAGUUUCCACCUCAGAAGCUGGUCUACCUGAGACACUACCGCUGACAGCUCCAAGAAGUGGAUGGAACUCAUGGAAGAGUUUCUCCUCAGAACUGUGGCUGCACAGAAAUAUAAAACCUCCACACCGUUCUUUUGUCACAUAAGCUACUACAGUUACCUGGAAAAAAGGGGGGGUCAGGUACAAGUGGGGAAAAUUCAGUAUGGGGGUGGGGUGGGAGAGUCUGUCACAUGUAAUUUACAGCUUCUUCAGUCUCUGGAGAUAGUGGGCUUCCCCUCCCUUCCCAAGCCACACAGCUGAGCACUGCUUCAGAAGUUCAGGGUGUUUUACUCAGGCCUGUAAAGAAGAGGCCACCAUCGGGCUGAGGCAGGGCUCAGGAUAGGCUGGAAGGGAAGUAUAACACUCUGGGCUCACCAACACCAGUACCCCCCCUAAACCCAUGUUGCCAACUCCCUAAGAAAAUGAUGCCUCAGAGGCUAAGAGCACUGGAUGUUCUGCAGAAGUUCUGAGUUCAAUUCCCAGCAGCCACACGGUGGCUCACAACCAUCUAUGCUGGGAUCUGAUGCCCUUUCUGGUGUGCAGGCAGAACGCUAUAAUACAUAAUAAAUAAAUCUUUAAAAAAAGAAAAAUAGAAAAUGAAGGUCUUCAUCUUGGCCUAGCAGGUAGGGAGGGGGUCUCCC